ACCAGGGGCUGUCAGUGCGAGUCCGGCUCCGUCCCUCAACCUCGCGCGCGUCCCGCGCUAUGGCCGCCCCGCCGCAGCUGCAGGCUCUGCUCCUGGCCGUCAACACGCUGCUGCGAAAGCGCCGCUACCACGCUGCUUUGGCCGUGCUUAAGGGCUUCCGGAACGGGGCCGUCUAUGGAGUCAAAAUCCGGGCCCCUCACGCGCUGGUCAUGACCUUUCUCUUCAGGAGCGGCAGCCUCCGGGAGAAGCUACGGGCCAUCCUGCAGGCCACGUACACCCAUUCCCGGAACCUGGCCUGCUUUGUGUUCGCCUACAAGGGUCUCUGUGCCCUGCAGUCCCGCAUGCAGGGCAAGACCCACCAGGUGCACUCAUUCCUGGCUGCCUUCAUCGGGGGCUACCUGAUAUUUGGAGACAACAAUAACAUCAACAGCCAGAUCAACAUGUACCUGACGUCACGGGUCCUGUUUGCCCUGUGCCGCCUGGGCGUGGAGAAGGGCUACAUCCCUGAGCUCAAGUGGGACCCGUUUCCGCUGCACACCGCGGUGGUCUGGGGGCUGGUGCUGUGGCUCUUUGAGUAUCACAGGUCCACUCUGCAGCCCUCGCUGCAGUCCUCCAUGACCUACCUGUACGACGACAGCAACGUGUGGCAUGACAUCUCAGACUUCCUCAUCUACAACAAGAGCCGCCCCUCCAAGUAAUGCAACCCGAGGUGCUGACGGGGGCUCCUCCGCCCCAACAGGCUCCAGGCAGUGGCGAGCUGCGGCUCGAGGUCUGGCUCUACCAACAAACCCUCCCAGAGAGUCCUGCCUUCUCAGAACCACGGCCUCACACUCCGCCUCGUGUUACCCGAGGGCUCCACUCGCGCGGGCAGAAGCACUGAUCUGCAAGUCCUGGGAGGUACUCGAGUGGCGGAGCAGGGAGCCAAAUCGGGCCGAGGAGGCUCGGGCGUGGUUCCCACUGUGCUGCUAGGAUCAGGGCAAAGCCACUCCCGCCUCUGGGCUCCUGGGCUCAUCAAGCUCAGAGGAGGGCCCUGAGACCCCUUUCUGGUGGGUGCCUUCUUUCUCCACUGUUCUUAUGUCAUAGAGGGUGCUUUGCUGGUAGACCGUGGGUUACAGCUACUUGUGAAAAACAUGGCGCUCCUCGCUCAGGUGUUGUUUUCCUGCAGAAGUUCUAGAGCCCCACUGUCCAAUAGAAACACGUGAGCUGUACAUGCAAUUGGGAUUUUUCUUGAAGCCACUUUAAAAAGGGUAGGAGGCAGCAGGUGACAUGAAACUUAAUUACAGGUUUUAACCCAGCAUUUCAAAAUGUCAUUAUUUUAACAGAUAAUCAGCAUAAAAAAAUUAAAGAGAUAUUUUACAUUCUUGUUUCUGCUAAGUCUUCAAAAUCAAAAGUGUGUUUUUACCUCCAGCACACCUCAGUGUGGACAGGUGCUCAUAGCCACAUGUGGCCAGUGGCCACCAUGUUGGGCAAUAAAGACUUGGAGGGCUUCUGUCCUCACAGGAGAUUCUAGUGGACAGUGCAGGUCAGGAGCUAGGACGCGUGGGUUGGCGCGCCAACACCACCAGUGAGUAGCCUUGGGGCACUUCUCAGCCUCCCCAACCCUUGGUGUCUCAGAAAAUGAAAAUAAUUAUUACAGCACCUGAUGGCCACACUGGACUCGUGCAGCCACGGCCGCUGCUCUGCUGCUGGUUACUUCCACCUAGUGAGUUCUUCCUCCCCCUGGGCGCUUUCCGUGCCGUGACCUUGCAAGCAUUUCUCAUCCCUGUCUCACAAAAGUGGAAACAGGGUCAGAGAGGGAAGGUAACUUGCCCAAGGUCAUACAGUGAACAUGAUAGCCAAAUCAGGAUUUGAACCCAGAUAUAUCUGAUUGUAAAGCCUGUUUUUUUGGUGGUUUUUUUUUUUUUUUUUUUUUUUUUUGGUUUGGUUUUUUCAGUGCCUUGCUUUAAAUGGAGAAAGCUAAGCUGUGUUAUGGUGUUAUGCAAAUGUUUGCUAGUUAUAGGAUCUGGGCUGGAGAGGAGUGGGUGCACACUCGUGCCUCCAGGGACCUGUGGUGGUAUAAAUGGAAAUAUUCAGGGUGCUACACAGUAGGGCGUGAUGGGAACGUGUGUGCCAAUCUGAUGUUUCUAUUCAACCAUCCCAGGACAUUAAACAAGUCUCCAAGGAAAAUCUGGUCCAUGACUUACCAACGUGAGACCCUUGGUCUAGUAGGAAUACUUAUUAGUAGUCACAGUGCACCAGUCUCUUUUUAUAUCUCAGAUGUUACGAUAGAAUCGUGCCUGUGAGUCACUGGAGAUCUUACCAAGGUGUAGAUUCUGAUUCAGGGGGCCUGUGGUGGGUGGGGCCUGGCAGUCUGUUUGCAUGUCUCUGCCCUGCUCCCAGGUGAUGCGCUGCGGCUGGUCUGAGCCACACCUUGAGUAAGGAGGCAGUGGGGAGGAUGUGGGGCCAACCACUAUCCCAUGUGACGCAUGAGUCACAGAGCUGAUAGGUAACUGAGGGGAGACUUUGUCUGAUGUUGCAAGUCGUGUUCUCAGCCACAAUGUUUGCCUGUAGGCUCGGAGUGGGCGACUUUGAAGAUCUUUUGCUCAGUCUGUGGAGUUUGAGCUCUUGAGGUUUUGCGUUUGAGGGGAAAUUUGGUUGUAUAGCAGACAAUGGGCGUGCCCUCCGCUUCCCCACCAUAACUCACCACUACAGCACACACCAGCCGGCUGCCGCCUUGUGUCCUGCAGCCUGCAGACUCGCCCCUUGCCAUGGCCCCCGCGUCGCACCCUGCAGCAGGCCUGAAGUGCUGGGAAUUUAACACGGCCCCCAGCCCUCAGCUGGGAUAACUCAGAGAUGCGCCCCCCUGCUGUCACCCAGAGCACCCCAGCAGGCUUGAGCUUCUGUCGCCUACCACACCCUCCCCCUCCCUUCCUCACACCCCAACCAGUGUGUCCUGGGCCCACUUGCAUUCAAAUCCUUGACUUAGGGUCUGCUACUGGGGAACCCAAACUAAAACUGGCCUCCGGUACUGCAGGUAGACAUGGCGGUUAGGGACAUUGGCUGUGGAGCCAGAGUGGCUGGGCUGGAGCCCUGGCCCCUCUGUUUCCCUGGACAAGCGACAUCGCCAUCCUGCGCUCUGGUAGUAAUAGCAGCAGCCACCCAGGAGCGUCUGCAGAAUUCAAGGGUGUGACACAGAUAAAGUGAAUCUGCGGUCCCUUCUUGUACCGCGUGGUCUCAGAGCCGAGCGUGCCCUGCUGUGAGCCCGCCCUGCCCACCUGCUGAAGGUGCCGCCUUAGCCUCCUGCCUCCCGAAGUCACCCAGUGCUGCCGGGGGUUGGCACCUCCACCACCGACUGUCUCUGCACUCUAAGAAUAGGUUUCCCUCACAGAUGGCAUCUCUCUGGAUGCUGCCAGAGCAGCUGGUGCCUCCAACUGCACACUCCAGGGAGGAAGGCGGGGUGGUCCUCGCUGAGGAGCAGGCUCUGGCUUCCAGCAGACCUGCGAAUGGCCCUGCGUGGCUCCUUCCGAGCUGAGCCUCCAUUUCCCAAGCUCUGUCAAAAAGCCCUGGGCACGCAGUAGCCUCUGCCAUUGCUAAAUGCCUCUCUGAAAUAGCAUAGUGGCUUUGCUAUUGUUUUCAUUUUUUUUUUUUUUUUUUUCAUUUUAUUUGAAGGGCAGAGAGGCAGAGAAUCUUCCAACUGCUGGUUCAUUCCCCAAAUGUCCACAACAGCCAGGUUUGGGCCAGGUCAAAACCAGGAGCCUGAAACUCAAUCCAAGCCUACCAUGUGGGUGGCAGGGACCCAAGAACUAGAGCCAUCACCUGCUGCCUCCCAGGGUGCACAUUAGCAGAGAGCUAGAUUGGGAGCAAAGGAACCAGGACUGAAACCCAGGCGCUCUAGUACAGGAUGCAGUUGGCCCAAGUGGCAAUUUAACCACCGAGCCAAAUGCCUAUCCCCCAGCUUUGUGGUUUAACCUGUGUGUUUAUAUAUUUUUAGAAGUAAUUUUACUACUUUUUUUUUUUAAAGGUUCAUUUGUUUAUUUGAAAGGCAGAGUUACUGAGAGAAAGAUCUUCCAUCUGUUGAUUCACUACCCAAAUAGCUCUAACAGCUAGGGCUGGGCCAGGCCAAAACAAGCAGCCUAAAGCUCCCGUCUGAUCGCCCACAGGAGUGGUAGGGGCCCAAGCACUUGGGCCAUCAUCCACUGCUUUCUCAGGCACAUUAGCAGAGAGCUGGAUUGGAAGUAGAGUAGCCAGGACUUGAACUGGUGCUCACAUGGGAUGUGGGUAUCACAGGCAUCAGCUUAACCAACUAUGCCACAACGCCAGCCCCCUUAGCCUAUGGAUGUUAAGCACUUGCUAUAUGAAAUCUUUUGACGAGUAGGGCUACAAGUCAUUUUUAAUGGAUAAUACAUACACAGGUCAGAAUUCCAACAGUAUAAAAACAGUGCAUGCCCCUCCAGAGGUGGCUAUGCAUGGCACCUGUCUUUGUCUUACAAGAAACUUUGACCUUGCAAUGUCCUUUCAAUAAUUUGGCAUUUCCUCCUUCUUUGUGCUUGGUUUCUGUGCUGAACAAUCCAACCCAGAGUGAGACCUUUCUUUGGGUCCCCUCCGCCACCAAUGUCCUUGCUGGAUCCGAAUGAAUAUAAACCUCCCUAGGUGUCCAGAGCCUGGAAAGAGACCAACGCCCAAGGCUUAGGCCCCUGGAGUUUCAAGUGAGAGGAGAAGGCUGACACUGAAGUUAAUUUGGGGCCCUUCUGCCACUCCACUCCCAAAUUACCACUCGUUAAGUGAACCCAUGUGGGAGUGAUGAUUCACAGCCAAGUCGUCAAGAACUGCCGGGUCUGCUCGCCGCUCUGGCCUUGCACAUCCGGGGCCCAGACGGGGCUGCGGCCGUGUUUAUACCCUGUGUGAGUGCAGCCGCGUUUGUAAGAACCAGGCCUUGAACAGACACCUUCCUAGAACAGAACACCGUGUGCCCGCCUCCCAGAAGGAACCCACAUGCCCACAAUCGGUGACCUCAGAGGGGUUGCGCUCUUGGACCAAUUAAAGGGUAUUUAUAAGCAAGCCUUUCUUCUCUCCCUGUGACUUGCUACAGCCUCACGGGCACAGAGUGUGUCUUACUGCAACCUCCAAGAGCAUCCGGGGCAAGUGGGGUGACGUUCAGCAGG